GCCCAUAGUUCAGCUCAAAAAAAUCAUGGCCUAACUCGGAAGUGGGAAAGGCCCAACAUUUCUUUCUUUCGUUUCUUCUAAACACAAUUAUUUUGGCUUUCCUUCUUCAAGCUUCUCUAAUGGCGGCAAAAUAAACCACAACCAUAUUACAAUUUCUUCUCCAUUACAAACCAUCUCCACAUAAUCAAAGAAAUCAAGCUCUCAUCAAUGGAGGAUGAAUCAGAGAUAUACGACGGAAUUAGGGCACAAUUUCCCCUUUCAUUCGGCAAAAAAUCAAAACCCCAAACCCCACUUGAAGCCAUUCACAACACUACCCGUCGAUCAACUUCCGACCAACAAUCUCCGGCAGCUAAUCCCGCCGCCGAUUCCUUCCCUUCUCUCUCCUCCUCUUCCAAAGCUUGGAUUGAUUCCGUCCGCCCAAACCCUAACCCUAAACCCCAUGAUUCUGAGUCUGAUGAGAAAUUAGUGGGCCCACCUCGCCCGCCGACUAUUGAGGAGGAUGAUGAUGAUGGGGAUUUGAUUGGGCCGCCUCCACCUCCUUCGGUGGGCUCAGUUGAUGAUGAUGAUGGGGAUUUGAUUGGGCCGCCGCGGCCCGCUGAGUCCAAAGGGAGGACUUUUGAUGAGGAUACUGAAGAUGAGGAUGAUGAUGAGGAAGAGGGUACUCGACAUCGGAUUCCUUUGAGUAAUGAGAUUGUUUUGAAGGGACAUACUAAGGUUGUUUCUGCUUUAGCAAUUGAUCAUUCUGGAUCAAGAGUUCUUUCUGGUAGUUAUGAUUAUACAGUACGUAUGUACGAUUUUCAAGGCAUGAAACGAGAUUUAGCUUCAUUUAGACAACUGGAACCAUCCGAAGGUCACCAAGUACGAUCACUGAGUUGGAGUCCUACAGCUGGAUUCUUUUUGUGUGUUACUGGCUCUGCUCAAGCUAAGAUUUAUGACCGUGAUGGGCUUACUAUUGGCGAGUUUGUAAAGGGUGAUAUGUAUAUACGUGAUCUUAAGAAUACUAAGGGUCACAUAUCUGGUAUAACUUGUGGAGAGUGGCACCCAAAUAAAAAGGAGACAGUCUUAACAUCAUCCGAAGAUGGUUCACUUCGUAUAUGGGAUGUAAAUGACUUCAAAUCCCAAAAGCAGGUAAUUAAGCCAAAGCUCGCAAGGCCUGGGAGAGUCCCAGUAACUACAUGUGCGUGGGGACGUGAUGGAAAUAGCAUAGCUGGUGGAAUAGGAGAUGGAUCUAUUCAGAUAUGGAACCUCAAGCCUGGAUGGGGAAGCAGACCAGAUAUUCGUGUUGAGAACGCUCAUUCAGAUGAUAUUACUGGGUUGAGAUUUUCAAGUGAUGGUCGUCAUCUGUUUUCUAGAAGUUUUGAUGGCACACUAAAGGUUUGGGACUUGCGUCAAAUGAAGCAAUCUCUGAAGGUGUUUGAGGAAUUGCCAAACCACUAUGCUCAAACGAACAUCACUUUAAGUCCUGAUGAGCAACUUAUCUUGACUGGUACAUCUGUAGAGAGAGAUAGCCCUAUUGGAGGGUUGCUGUGCUUUUAUGGUAGGGAUAAACUUGAAUUAGUAUCAAAGGUUGGCAUUUCUCCAUCGUGCAGUGUUGUACAGUGUGCUUGGCACCCGAAGCUAAAUCAGGUUUUCGCUACUGCUGGAAAUAAAAACCAAGGAGGGACACACGUUCUGUAUGAUCCAAACAUGAGUGAGAGAGGAGCUCUUGUGUGUGUUGCUCGUGCCCCAAGGAUGAAAUCAGUGGAUGACUUUGAAGUGCAGCCAGCUAUACACAAUCCUCAUGCACUUCCCAUGUUCAGAGAUCAACCAAGCCGCAAACGUCAGAGACAGAAGAUACUGAAGGACCCAGUAAAAUCCCACAAACCAGAGCUCCCUAUGACAGGACCUGGCCAUGGAGGGAGGACUGGUACAUCUUCGGGUAGCUUAUUAACGCAAUAUCUCCUCAAGCAAGGAGGUAUGUUGAAAGAAACAUGGAUGGAUGAAGACCCUAGAGAAGCUAUACUGAAGUAUGCAGAUGCUGCAGAAAAAGAUCCAAAGUUUAUUGCUCCUGCUUACGCUGAGACCCAGCCCAAGACUGUAUUUGCAGAUUCUGAUAAGGAAGAUGAAGAGUGAUGAUCUAAUGUAUUGUUUUAUAUCAUCACAUGAACGUGAAAGAGUACCUUUGUUAAUUGCCAAGUUUUAAAGGCAAAUACAAGGCGCUCAUAACAACAGGGGUGAAAAAGGGCUCGUGUACUUCUCACAUUAACAGAUUACAUAUUUUCACAUUCUGAAGCUUAGCAUAGUGAAUUGUACAUGUUGGUCUUUCUGCACUUUUUCAGCCUUGUUGUAAGAGUGAUGAAGAAAAACAGAGGGUAUAAUAAAAGCAUAUAAAUUUGAGUUGCCUAUUAUAGUUAAACUUAUGUUUUCGGUUUUCCUGAUACAUUUAGAUGAAGUCGCGAAUCUA